UUUGAGCUGCCUUUCAGUGUCACCUAUCAGUGCCAGCCAGUGUCACCUAUCAAUGCCAAUCAUUUCCACCUAUCAGUGCUGCCAAACAGUGCCACCUAUCAGUGCCAGUCAGUGCCGCCUAUCAGUGCCAGUCCGUGCCGCCUAUCAGUGCCCUCAGUGCCGCCUAUCAGUGCUCAUCAGUGCUGCCUAUCAGUGCAACCUAUCAGUGCUGCCUUUCAGUGCCCAUCAGUGAUGCCUGUCAAUGCCCAUCAGUGUCACCUACCAGUGUCUCCUCAUCAGUGCCCAUCAGUG